UCCAUGUUUAUGUUGAUGAGUAUACAUCUAGCAAUUCUUAGUUGAGCUAUGUGAAAAAGUUUCAUUUAGGAACAACAUGUAUCCUGGAGUCGGCUUUCAGAAAGUACCAUUUCAACUCAGCAAUCAGAACUUGACAGCAUCUAAAACACUAGAACUAUAGGCACAUUCCUCAGAGGACAUCGGCAUUCCUAUCAAAAUGGCUUCCUCGGUGAUGUGAUCAAGACAGUCAUGACAGUACUUGCAUAUAUAGAAAUCGUGUUAUUCCUGCUUGCAAGAAGUAAUGGAAGACGAUGACAGAUGUUAUUUUUUUAUUUUUCUUUGUCACAAGAUGAUGACAGAUUUUAUUCUUUCUUUUUCUUUUUUGUCACAAGGCGAUGACAGAUUGAUGUAUAUUGUUUCGGAAAAACCAAGAUUUGCAAACAGAUAGGAAGCCUUCUUAAUAUAAUACAGAGAUAUAGAAUAUUUCAUAGCAGUUCUAUCUUAUAUCGAUAGCACCAAUCACUAUGUAUUUCUGUCCAUUCCAACUAUUCCAUAUAUAGUACUGCCAUUCAAAGGAAGAAUGCAGAGAGGGAGUGAGACAGAUUAGAAAUGGAGGGCAAUCAUUUGUUUACGUGGCUGACUGCGGCUCUUUUAGCUUCAUUUCCUACAAUUCUUGUGCUCAGAUGGUUAUAUGGGAGAAUCGGCUUGCCUAAUCGAAAACCACCAGGUCCGCCAGCAUGGCCUCUGGUUGGAAAUAUUUUCGAUCUAGGAACCAUGCCACACCAGGACUUUUACAAACUUCGACCAAAGUAUGGACCGGUUCUCUGGUUGAAGCUUGGUUUAGUCGAUACCAUGGUCAUACAAUCAGCCAAAGCUGCGGCCGAGCUGUUCAAGAACCAUGAUGCUGCCUUCUCUGAUCGUCAGGUCCCGGAUGCACUAACAGCCUGCAAAUACAACCAAGGAUCACUAGCCAUGGGUACCUACGGUCCAUAUUGGCGCACCAUACGAAAGCUCUGCUCCACGGAGUUCCUAGUCACUAAACGAAUCAAUGAUUCAACCGAGAUCCGGGAGAAGUGUGUUGAGAAGCUGGUUUGCUGGAUAGAACAGAACAUUGCAUCCUCGCAAGUUGAGGGAAGAUCAGGCCAAGUCGAACUAGCCCAACUCUUAUUUCUCAUGUCGUUUAACCUGGUGGGGAACCUCAUGCUUUCGAAGGAUCUUCUGGAUUUAUCUUCCAAUCAAGGACGAGAAUUCUUCAAUGCAAUGAACCAAGUGAUGAAGUGGGCAGGGACACCCAACUUGGCAGACUUCCUGCCAUUCUUGAAGCCGUUUGAUCCAUUUAAAGUUCGAAAAAAUAUGGCUAAAGACAUGGGCGUAGCCAUGAAUAUCAUAAGCAGCUUUUUGAAAGACAGGGGUCAUGAAUCUCUAUCGACAGAGAAGGUGAAGAAGGACUUCUUGGAUGUCCUUUUGGAGUAUCAAGGUGACGGAAAAGAAGGACCUGACAAAAUUUCUGAGAGGAAUAUACUUAUCAUCAUACUGGAAAUGUUUUUCGCGGGGUCAGAAACGACAAGCAGUAGCAUAGAAUGGGCAAUGGCAGAGCUAUUACGCAAUCCUGAAUCGAUGAGGAAGGUCAAAACAGAACUUGAAAGUGUGAUCAUGCCUAACAAAAGGGUCAUGGAGAGUGACAUGGAUAAACUACCCUAUCUGCAAGCAGUGGUAAAGGAAACCUUGAGACUACAUCCGACAAUCCCUCUAUUGAUGCGACGAAAUUCAAAGGAAGACACCAAAUUUAUGGGGUAUCACGUACCCAAAAACACCCAAGUUUUUGUAAAUGUGUGGGCAAUCGGAAGGGACCCUGAUGCAUGGGAAGACCCCUUGUCUUUCAAGCCCGAAAGAUUUAUAGGCUCGAAUAUUAAUUACAACGGGCAACACUAUGAGUUGCUUCCCUUUGGAUCUGGGAGAAGGAUUUGUGUUGGAAUGGCACUGGCUCACCGAGUUCUUCACCUCACUUUGGCCACCUUGCUCUGGACUUUCGACUGGGAGCUUGACAGGUCAGUCACUCCCGGGAGUUUAGACAUGGCAGAAAGAAUGGGUAUAACAUUGCGAAAGCUGGAGCCUUUGAAAGCAAUUCCCAGAAAAAGAAUCUUGGUUAAGGAUGAAAUGAUCAUUUAAACAGUAUGAGUUGUCAGUCCUUUAUGUAUGGCUGCCUUUUCAUGGGCAUUGUCAUCACAGAUAUUUGCUUCUACUUCCCUUCGUGUAAAUAAAUAGUCUAUGAAUGCUGACAAACAUUGUCGGAAUCAGGAGGUUGACUAUAUUUAAUUAUUUAUAGAUGGGUUUUGUUCCCUAGCCCUCAUAUGCCAUGAGUCUUGACCAACACACAGUUUC